AUGCGCGGAGACACCUGGCACAGCUGGUCCACCACUGGGGUCUACCAGAUGGGUCAUAAGCACUUCAUCGGACCGAAGUUCAUCAGUGCCUCGCCACCUACCAUUAUAUAUAUGUAUAAAUUGAGUUAUUGCACUUUUCAGCUUUUGCCGUCCCUCCUUUCCUCUCUUGUCACAGGGGUAAUUCUUCCGACGACUGCGCUAUCUACCGGCUCUCCCAAGAGCCCGUCUUUCGUCCUGCCGGUCAUCUAAAUAUAGCCUCUCCAGUCGCGCAGGAGCCGCUGACCGAAGAGGAGGAGGCUGCUCUAAGUCUUGGACUGCCUCUGAGCUGGGCUACUGAGUCGUCAGCCUAUUGCCAGCAAACUCGAACACACUCCUCAUCUCCACCGCUGUCCCCCCUCCCCGCGGAGGCGGGACGUGUACCGCCCGAGCGAGCAGCCGCUGACCUCUCCGUCCACUUUGACCGGGCUGACGUCACACCCAUCAAGAAUAUCUCCAUGUCGCUGAGCUCACCGCCGCCGGCGCCGAGCCGAUGCUUUCUGCCAUUCACACCGAUCAGCCCGAUUGCAGCAGGGCGAACAAGUCCGGAGGCGCGGGCUUUUCGUCAGCAGUCCAUGUCUGUGACCUACGAGGAGGACUUUCAGUCGGCUCUGGAGGAGAGUUUUAGGACAUCGCCCAGCAGGCAGCAACGACCCAUGGCUAGCCCUCAACUCUCACCAAUCCUGCCCAGCUCUCCCGAAUGCGGCAGCCCGCCGAGACUGUUGUUACUGUCGCCCUCCCAGCAGAACAAACCAUCCUCCUCUCCACCACCCAACUGCUGUUGUUCAACCGAUUUCCGUCAGUCUGCUAUGAUGGAUGAGGGCUGA